AGGCUAGAGAGGAUUCACCUAACGCAUUGCCAUGGCCGCCAAGACGCUGAAGAUCAUGUUCCUGGGCGCGCCCGGCGCCGGCAAGGGCACGUACGCCUCGCGCAUCGCGCCCAUGCUGCACAUCCCCACGAUCUCCACGGGGGACUUGGUGCGCCACGAGAUCAAGACGGGCACGGCGCUCGGCGCCAAGAUCAAGGAAUACAACAACAGCGGAGCUCUUGUGCCCGACCAGAUCAUCCUGGACAUGAUGGAGCAGCGGCUGGCGCUGGACGACGCUAAGCGCGGCUUCAUCCUGGACGGAUUCCCGCGCAACGUGCCCCAGGCCGAAGCCUUCCAGAAGGUCACGAAGCUCGACCUGGUGGUGAACAUCGACUUACCGCAGUGGAUCCUCUCGGACAAGAUCAGUGGCAGACGGGUGUGCACCAAGUGUGGCCACGGCUACAACGUGGCUUUCAUCAACGAGGGAGAGUACUACAUGCCGCCUCUGCUGCCCAAGGUAGAGGGAGUGUGCGACUCCUGCGGCUCGGCAUCGCUGGUGCAGCGUCCGGAUGACGCCCCGGAGACUGUCAAGCAAAGGUUGGAGGUGUACAACCAGGAGACUGCCCCGCUCAUUGACUUCUACACGAAGCUGGGCAACCUGCGCACGUUCGACGUGAAGAAGGGGCUGGCGGACCUGGACAAGCUCGUGGACCUCAUCAACACGGAGCUUGACGUGCAAAAGUGAGGAACACUGAGUUCGGACAGAGAAGACAAGAUAUUCACGACUCGAACGGAAGAAGUGUGAGAUUUUGUUGCGGUCGCUGUGUCCUCGUAUGAGCAGCAGUCACGCACUAAUAAACACCUACUUAUCGAGAU